GGCAGCUGACUCAGGUUUCUCUCUUUCAGGACAAUAAGAUUGAGAAGGCGGUGUCUGCUGCCCACACCUUUCUUCAGAAGAAUCCCAAACAUGAGAUGACCUUAAAGUACCUGAACUAUUACAAGACGAUGGUGGACGUGGAUGAGUAUCUUGUGGACUUGGAGGCCCAGCCAUAUGAAACAGUGUUUGUGCGGUCAGUAAAGCUGUAUAACAGUGGGGAUUUCCGGAGCAGUGUCACUGACAUGGAGCAAGCACUGGUGGAGUACUACAAGGCCUAUGAGAACUGCCUGGCAAGCUGUGACAGCACCUAUGAACUGGAGGAGUUCAAGGACUUCUACCCAGCCAUCGCAGACCACUAUGUGGCUGUCCUGCAGUGCCAGGUGGACUGUGAGACUGACCUGACUCCCAAUGUGGGUGGCUACUUCGUGGAGAAAUUUGUGGCUACCAUGUACCACUACCUGCAAUUUGCAUAUUAUAAGUUGAAUGAUGUGAAGAAUGCAGUGCAGAGUGUCUCCAGCUACAUGCUCUUUGACCCUGGUGACGAGGUGAUGCAGCAGAACCUGGUUUAUUACCGCUUCUACCGGGAGCGCUGGCAUCUGGAGGAGGAGGACUUUAACCCCCGCCUGGAAGCACUCCAGUAUCACAACCAGACAGCCAUGCAGAAGAAAAUGUUGGAGUUUGCCAGGCAGUACCUGCAGGCUGAUGAUGAGAUGGAGUUGGAUGAUGGCCCAGCCCCUGCUGGGCAGGACCUGGAAUUGGACAGCGAGUUUGAAGGCGAAGGCGACUAUGAGGAAGGUUUUUUUGCAGAGUGGUGGCAGGAGCCCAAGACCAAAGGGGACAAAGCAGACCAAGAAGAGACCCGAUGAGUCACAUGCGUGGGGUCCAACAGCAGCUGCAGCCGGGGGCUGUGCCCUUCUGCCCCAUUACCCCAUCAGCAUGGGGCAAAGGAGUUGGAUGGGGAUGGCCACAGCUGACCUUGUCCUCAGGGCUUACCAGGGAGCAUGACUUUGAGCUCCCACAAACUUUGUGGGGCUCAGACUCAGACCCACCUGGGAGGGGCUGGUCCUUUCCAGUGCCCCAGCCUAUAGAGAGCCUUCUGUCUUUCUCUCUGGGGCUGAAGCCUUCGUAAACAAUUAACAGAGCUCUGAGGCGCUGGCACCCCAAGCCAGUCACAAGUGCAUGCUCAUCCUAUGAGCCAUCACUCUGCAGUGCUUAAAUAUCCUACCCCUACCCCCAGACUAAUGUACAACUUUAGAGACCCCCCUUUUGCACAUCUGGUUGCCUUCCCCACUGGGUAGUGAGGCCCCUUGAGGAUGUGGAGGCAUAAUUCAAAUCAUUCCCUCCUGUCACAUGAGGAACAUGGGCUCCCAGAACUAUUCCUCGUGGCUUCCUCCUCGGGUCUCCAGAGAAGGAAAUUCCUCCCAGUCUACAGCCAGAUAUGGGGAGCUGCCUUAGAGCCUUACGGCUUGUCUCAGGUACCUCUAUUACAGCCACAU